AUGUGUGAACAACCCGUUGCUGCGACGACGACGACGACGACAACGCCAUCAUCAUCAUCAUCAACGACAGCAGCAACAACAACAACAACAGCAACAACGACAACGACAAGAAAAUCAAGAAGAAAACCAGCAACAACAAGAACAUCAACAACAGCAACAAGAGCAUCAACAAGAAAAGCAAUAACAACAAGAACAACAACAACGACGAGGACAAGAACAAGAACAAUGCCAGCUAUGAAGAAAAAUCCGACCGUUAGCAUCUCGGAGGGAAUUUAUUCCCUGUCUUUGAUGCCGAUGAGCGAAGGAAAGAAGAACUGCAGCGCUAUCAGCACCAGCGGCAAAGAUAAUAUUGUUGUUAUUGUUGUUGGUGGUGGUGAUGAUGGUGAUGAUGAAGAUGGAAAGUGUAAUCGAUGCAAUAAUAGUAAUAUUAAUAAUCAUAAUGUUAAUGAUAAUAAUCGCAACAGCAAUAAAAACAACAACAACAACAACAACAACAACAACAACGAGAAAAGGGAAGAAAAUAUAAAUAACGUAGAAAUAAAGUUAGGUGGGAGAAAAAGAGAAACGAAAUCAAUAAACGAGUUGAAUAGAAAAAAAAAAUGAAUAAAAAUAAAAUUUACAAACCUUUAGUUUACCAUUUUGUAUAUCACACAUGUUACGUUACUCCAACAAUUGUCUCUCUCACAU